AUCCAGGGCUGGAUCGCCACAUGCGACGCAUCGCACCCCGAGUGCCACGCUCCGCCCGCGGCCGACAAGAUGCCGCUGCGGCUGCUAGACCUGGACGCGGCGGCGAUCGCUCCCGACCUCCAGCUGGUCGAGUGCAAAGGACAGCCGCCGGCCGGGUACGUGGCGCUGAGCUACUGCUGGGGGCACACCGCGAGAGCCACACAGCUGCGGACGGUGCGGCGCAACGCGGCGGCGCACCGGCGGCGGAUCCCGCUCGCCGCCUUGCCCGCGACGGUGCGCGACGCCGUCGUGCUGGCGCGCUUGCUGCGCAUGCGCUACCUGUGGAUCGACGCGCUGUGCAUCGUGCAGGACGACGAGGGCGAGCAGAAGCGCGAGGUGGCCCGCAUGGGCGAGAUUUAUGCCAACGCGCUGGGCACCGUGGCGGCGGCCGGCGCG